UGACUCGGGGCGUUCAUAGACGUGGCUGUGUGGUGCAACUGCGUUGUGCUGGCGCAGUGUCCCGUUUGGAGAGAGAGAGGGCGAAGUUUGCUCUGCAUUGCAGCCUGAGCGCUGCCCGGACUCCAACACAACAAUGGCGACUCCCAGUCCCAACAGCAACUCAACAACCUCCAGCAACAGCAACAUAGCAGGAUCCACAUCGCACCACCACCCUCAGCCUCAACACCUGACUACCGUUAGCAGCAUGCAAGAGACCAACACGUGCUGGAGAUGUCAAAAUGAAACAGGGUUUCAGAUAAGCCUGUCUGGAGUGACCCAAAGUAAACGCAAGGCCCUCAAGCUGAACUUCGCCAACCCCCCAGUGAAGCCAGCCACCAGGCUCCCCCUCCACCCCCCCGCCCCCUCCUUCCAGAACCCACACAUAGAGCGUCUGCGGACCCACAGCAUCGAGUCGUCAGGCAAGCUGAAGAUCUCUCCGGAGCAGCACUGCGACUUCACGGCCGAGGACCUGAGGGACCUUGGGGAGAUCGGCCGCGGGGCCUACGGCUCCGUCAACAAGAUGGUCCACAAGCCCAGCGGACAGAUCAUGGCCGUCAAGAGGAUCCGCUCCACGGUGGAUGAGAAGGAGCAGAAGCAGCUGCUGAUGGACCUGGACGUGGUGAUGAGGAGCAGCGACUGUCUCUACAUCGUCCAGUUCUACGGAGCUCUCUUCAGAGAGGGGGAUUGCUGGAUAUGUAUGGAACUAAUGUCUACCUCAUUUGACAAAUUCUACAAAUAUGUAUAUUGUGCAUUAGAUGACGUCAUUCCAGAGGAAAUAUUAGGCAAAAUCACAUUAGCAACAGUUAAAGCACUGAACCACUUAAAGGAAAACUUGAAAAUAAUUCACAGAGACAUCAAACCUUCCAACAUUCUCAUGGACCGUAGAGGCAACAUCAAGCUGUGUGACUUUGGCAUCAGUGGUCAGCUGGUUGACUCCAUAGCCAAGACCAGAGACGCAGGCUGUAGACCUUACAUGGCGCCUGAGAGGAUAGACCCCAGCGCUUCCAGACAAGGAUACGACGUGCGCUCAGACGUGUGGAGCUUGGGAAUCACCUUGUAUGAGCUGGCUACCGGCAGGUUCCCCUACCCCAAGUGGAACAGUGUGUUUGACCAGCUGACCCAGGUGGUGAAGGGAGAACCUCCACAGCUCUGCAACUCCGAGGACCGCCAGUUCUCCCCCAAGUUCAGCAACUUUGUCAACUUAUGCCUUACGAAGGAUGAGUCCAAAAGACCCAAGUACAAGGAGCUGCUGAAACACCCGUUCAUCCUGAUGUACGAGGAGCGCAGCGUGGACGUGGCCAGCUACGUGUGCCGCAUCCUGGACCUGAUCCCCACCUCGCCCAUGUCCCCCAUGUAUGUGGACUGACGGGGGCGGGAGGGAGGGAACACUUCACGCUGCGACA